AUGGCAGCAAUGAUUAUGCGAGUUUUCACGGCAUUCGGCCCUCCAAAGGUCGAGAAGAAGAACGAUGCUAUCCGUUUUGGCAUCCUGGGGGCGGCCCAGAUUGCACCUCUCGCCUUGAUCACACCAGCCCUCUCACAUUCCGAGGUUAUCGUGCAAGCGAUUGCGGCUAGAGAUCAUGCCCGUGCCUCGGCAUUCGCUAAAAAGCACAACAUCCCCGAUGUUCGCACAUCCUACGAGGAAAUCCUGGACGACCCCAAGAUCGAUGCAGUCUUGAUCCCUUUGCCCAACAGUUUACACUUCGAAUGGGCCAUACGCGCCAUUCGUGCCGGCAAACAUGUCCUUUUAGAAAAGCCGUCGAGCUCUAACGCCAUUGAGGCCGAGAUUCUCUUCAAUCUACCAGAGCUAUCACAGCCAAAUGCCCCCGUGUUGCUCGAGGCCUUCCACAACCGGUUCCAUCCUGCAGUGCACAAGUUCCGGUCCUUCAUCACCCCCGCCGAUGUCGUCCACGUCCAUACAGACUCUAUGGUUCCAUGGUUGAUGCUCGACAAGGACAACAUCGGGUUCAAUUACAAACUCGCCGGCGGGAGCAUGAUGAUGAUGGGCACAUACAAUUUCGGCGUUAUCCGCAUGAUCUUUGAUGACGAACCCGAGGAGUGUCUAACCUGCGAACCUGGCAUCUUCGGUGACGGCAUCCAUGACCAGUGUGAUACUGACUUUAAAGCCAAAUUUCGCUUCCCGAAUGGCGGUAUUGCCGAAGCUUCCACCACCAUGCGUGGGCCUAUCCUAUGGAAACCGUCCGAGGCCCGCGUCACACACAAGGAAGUCGUCGUCGAUGACAAGUCCAUCCCGGAGUCACAAGAGAAGCUACGCACACGGGUGGUGACGCUACACGGUUUUAUCCAUGCUUUCAUCUGGCACCGUAUCGAUGUCAAGGAUACCUUCGUUAUUCGUAACAAGAGUGAUGGCAUGCCGGUCAAGACUUGGACCGAAUCCAAGGCACAUAAGGCUUACAGUUACAAGGAGGCAGGGGGUGAAUUUGCGAAUCUCCCCGGUGAGGAAUGGUGGAUGUCAUAUCGGUACCAACUUGAAGAGUUUGUCAAUCGUGUUAAGGGGCGUUCCACACAAUAUUGGGUUGAGGGUAAGGAUUCAUGGAAUCAGAUGAAGAUGAUUGACAUGGCGUACGAGAAGAGUGGUUUAGGACUGCGGCCAACAAGCGAGUUCCGGUGA